AUGGAGGAAGACUCAACUUGGGAUACGGAAGAUUUCAAACCACCUGUGCCUCCCGUCUUAGCCGAAUGGGCCGAAGAAGACGUCGAAGUAAAGGAGAACUGGUUUGACGAAGACGAACCUGAAACGAAGCCCGCUGAGCCAGCACCGACAAAGGCCAAACCAGAAAAGAAGCAAAAAUCGAAACCGAAAGCGACCAGCGAAACAUCUGCUGAAACAGACAGCGACAAAGCUCGGCUUUCAGAAAAAGAUGUGGAAUUGAUUCAGAAAACAUCCGAUUUGAGCAUUGCCAAGGAAACAUUUGGUCUAUCAGAAAACGCAUCGACGUCUAUUGACAAGUUUGUUCCUCAGAACGCUGACGAUUUCGAAACGUUGCGAACGAUGAUAUGUGAUAAGCUGAAGCCUUACGAAAAAAUGGACCUUUUCCCGGGCUUCAUCGGUAAGCUGUUCACGGAACUCUGCUUAGACCUGGAUUCCGAGCACGUGCGCAAAUUUAGCAAAGAGCUUUCUGCAUUGGCAGGUGAACUCAGCAAGGCCGAAAAGGAACGUGAAAAGUCAAAGCAACCAAAAAUGAAGAAGAAAGUACAGGUAAAGCUUGUGGAGCACGAUUUUCUGGCUGAUGUUGUCGCUGGCAAGGUGCUAGGAGAUUACGAAGACGAUGUCGAUUACGACGAUUUUAUUUGA